UUUCUUCUCCGUCACCAACACACCAUUUCAAUCUCUCUGGAUCUUUCUUCUCCGACCUUCUCUAUCUCCCAACCAUGGUGCUCGAGGCGACGAUGAUCUGCAUUGAUAAUUCGGAGUGGAUGCGUAACGGCGAUUACGCUCCGACGAGAUUUCAAGCUCAGGCCGACGCCGUCAAUCUGAUUUGCGGAGCCAAAACCCAGUCUAAUCCGGAGAAUACAGUGGGAGUUCUCACCAUGGCUGGGAAAGGUGUUCGCGUUUUGGUUACUCCUACUAGUGAUCUUGGCAAGAUUUUGGCUUGCAUGCACGGUUUAGAAAUAGGUGGUGAGAUGAACCUGGCUGCUGGCAUUCAGGUGGCUCAAUUGGCCCUCAAACAUCGCCAGAAUAAGAAUCAGCAACAAAGGAUUAUAGUCUUUGCUGGAAGUGCCGUUAAUCAUGAAAAGAAGACUUUGGAGAUGAUUGGCAGAAAGUUAAAGAAGAACAGUGUAGCCCUUGAUAUCAUCAAUUUUGGUGAAGAAGAUGAAGAAAAGAAAGAGAAGCUAGAAGCACUUCUUGCUGCUGUGAACAAUAAUAACAGCAACAUUGUUCAUGUUCAGGCUGGUCCAAGUGCUCUUUCGGAUGUACUCAUAAGUACACCUAUCUUCACCGGAGAUGGAGAAGGUGGUAGUGGUUUUGCAGCAGCAGCAGCUGCUGCUGCAGCCGGAGGUGUCUCUGGUUUUGAUUUUGGUGUGGAUCCAAACCUGGAUCCUGAGCUUGCCCUUGCUCUUAGAGUAUCAAUGGAGGAGGAGAGGGCCAGACAGGAAGCAGCAGCUAAAAAGGCUGCUGAGGAUUCUUCCAAACAGGAAAAAGGAGGGGAAGAACCAUCCAGCUCACAAGAUGCAACUAUGACAGAGCGUGCCAGUGCUGUAACUUCUGAAGCUGAGAAUAAGAGUAUUGAUUUCAUGGAUGAUGACAACGCUCUGCUGCAGCAGGCCCUUGCGAUGUCGAUGGAUGAACCUGCCUCCAGCCAUGAUUUGCGAGACACUGACAUGUCUGAGGCAGUUGCAGAUGAUCCUGAGUUGGCUCUAGCUCUUCAAAUGUCUGUGCAGGAAGGUGAGAAAGAUUCUGCUAGCGAUAAAGAUAUGAGCAAAUUGUUGGCUGAUCAGUCUUUUGUGUCUUCUAUCCUUGCCUCACUUCCAGGGGUUGACCCAAAUGAUCCUUCAGUAAGAGACUUGCUUGCUUCUAUGCAAAACCAGUCAGAGCCUGAACAAAAGAAGAAUGAAGAGAACAAGCCACCAAAUGAUGAGAAAUGACGGAUGCGGGCUGUCUUCCUAUCGAAGGUUUCGUUCGCUGAAUUCAUCCAGUUACUUUCCAUUCCCAACUUACGAUGGGAGAUUUUACAAUUCGGCAGCCAUCCCCAGUCUUUAGUGCUUGUCUGUCUACUCUGGUUGUGACUUUUAAGCUUAUAGAAUGACUUUUGGAUCAAUGUUUCUUCAGCAGGUCAGAAAGCUGUGUUCAAGCACCAAUACAUUGAUCUUAAUCAUUUGCUUUGCGAGUCCCUCGGAUAAAUGGUCAGACUUUCUAGCAAAAAAUUGUGGAACAUUGAACAUUGAAAUGUAUCAUUUGCAUGGAAUUAAUGUCAUUACGUGUUGUUAAUGGU